GGUGGUGUUCAUGUGUGUUGAAAUCAAAAAGAGCCAUGUCCAACGCGGCCUUCGACUACUACCAGGUCUUGGGAGUUUCUCUCGAUGCCCCGGAAGCCGACAUCAAAAAGGCUUAUAGAAAGCUGGCCAUCAAAUACCACCCUGACAAGAACCCUGGUAACAAGGAGGCUGAGGAGAAGUUCAAGGAGCUAGCAGAAGCUUAUUCCAUUCUGAGCAAUUCCCAGAAGCGCAAGCAGUACGACCUGGCAGCUCGGUUCACCGGUGACCAAAAGAGAGAAAUAAGAGAGGGCGGCAGAAGUGGAACUUGGAAUGACUGCGGAAGAAGGAUUUUGAUUGGCCUAUAUAAUUCAAAGAUGCAUUCUCCUGCGGCUGUUUGCUAAGAAGAGAUCGAAGUGGG